GCUCAGUGGCCAUUUUGGCUCAGGCCAUUUUGGCUCAAGCUGUUCUACUCGAAACGGGCUCUGAGAGUAGGUGCUCAUGGCCCGGCCUCGCAAGACCCUGUCAUUGUUGGUCCUUGCCGCUGCCACGUCCUCGGCAACGCAGCUGCUGGUUGCGUUCGUGGGCGUUCCGACGGCCAGGUCUGCCCAGGGACCGACGCCCUGUUUCCAGGGCCUGACGGCCUUGCACGCGCGCGGUGGUGGCGAGUACGAUGUCUCAGAUGCCGACAUCGAAAAAUUCUAUGCAGACCUCACGACUGGUGAAGGUGGCGACCCCCCGAAGGGCAACACGGUGUCCGAGAUGAUCGUGAAGUUCUUCCACGGGGAGUUCACGAAGCAGGGCUUCAAGCGCUACUCUGGCCAGUGGAAGGGGCCUCCCCCAGGCAACAUCGGUAAGAAGGACAUCGCCGUUGGCAUUCAGAGCUUGAAGGACCAGAUGAAGAACCCCAUGUUCGUGACCAAGGGUGGCGUGGGCUACGGAGCGGAUGAGUUGCAAAAGGUGGUGGACGAUGGCAAGGGCUGGGUUUGGUUGGCCGCUGACAUGAGCCCCAACGGUAUGGCCGUGGAGCUGCUUACGUCCGUGCCGUACGGGAAGCGUGCUAUCCUCGUGGCCAGGCAGAACAACGUGGACGAGCUGUUCGCGAAAGUUAACUGGGAUCAGGCGACUACCAACAUCGGGGUUACGUUCGGUGGCCCGCACCUCACGAUUAUGGACGGGAGGUGAAGGGCGAGGCGAAUGGGAGGGUGCGAUGAGUACGGGCUGGCCAUGCGCGUUUGUAUGCAAGGCCCUCUGGAGGUGUCUCGAGGCGCGGCAGGUGGCAAUGGUGGAUGGGUGGGGAUCGAACAAAGCACUCUCGGGGUCAGCAGCGCCGCACGGCCCACGACCGCGCACGCAACACACCAGCACUGGCACCAUGAAGACCCGCGGAGCGAGCGAGG